AUGAAUAUGUAUUUAGUAAUUGGUAAAUUUUGAAUGCCUUAAAUGGAUUUUUUUCAGUAGUGGUAAGCUACAAAAGCAAAUUAGGGAUUAAGUUUUAACUAAUGAUUUAUCAAUUUAUAAAUUCUAAAUAUAAUGAUGGGAUUCGAAGGCUUUCUGUCCUAGUUAAUUCUUUUAUAAAAUUAGAAUAUUUUAGGAUAUCAAUAUUGUAACUUAGACAUUAAAUAUUCUAGUAAAAAUAUUGCAAUGUUUAUUUUCAGUAUUUUACAAUUCUUUUUUAGAUUUAUUUAUUUAGCUCAUGCUCUCUUUUGGAAACAUUACUAUUUUUAAUCAACAAUUGAUACAAUCGUAUUUUAUGAGGUAAUAUAUCUAAAUUAUAAUAGGAUCUUUUAAAUUUAUUUAAACAAAUUGGGAUUAUUGGAUAAAUUUAUUUGAUUGUAAAUAUGACAUUGUUUUUACAUCAAUAUAAAUUUUUCUGA